CUACAUCCAUGGCCAGACACCAUAAUAAUAAAAUGUAUCAACCCAGUUGCACGGAUACUCGAUCAUACAAAGGAGACUCGACUCCUCUGUACGGCCUGCACGUAAAGUAACUUCGCCAGCCGUUGAUCUGAAAAAAACGAACAGCCAACAGGCUCGACCGGUCGAUCGGACAACAUCGACGAUCUAAUCGUAAUAUCGUAAACAAUUCAGAAGUUGCAAGUUGUCUGGUCGUCGUCGUUGAUUUGGAGACCACCAUCUGGAGCAACCUACAACCCUCAUUACUGAGGUGCGGCUGACCCCUAGAAGUCUAAUAAGCUCGAGAUGUCCCUCUCGGACGAGCUCGCUCAAGUUCGAGCAGAGAUCAAGACGUGGGAGCGAUCGUUCAGGGCAGAGAACGGCAGGGAUCCGAGUAGAGACGACAUCAAGGCCGUUCCCGAGAUCACUCUCAAAUACAAGCUAUACAAAAGUCUGAGUAAAUCGAAAGACCUUUCGUCAUCCCAGCCCGUCAGCUCUCAACCUUUGCAAUCGCAAUCACAAUCCCGCCCACCUUCCCGUCCUCCAACAAGACCCCUAGAUAAAACACCAACAUCGAGCACCCGGUCCUUCUUCCAAUCGGUCUCUAGUAUCUCUACAGCUGCAUCUAUAUCGACACCUGUAGCGGACGACCAGUCAAAUCCGUUCUUGGAGAGUACGCCUGUGGUCAGACGCGGAUCCUCCAUGAUAACAACAAGAGGGAAACCUUCCACUCCGGUGCAGGAUGACACGUCUAAUCCGUUCUUAUCCCCGACUGCCGGAGGAAAGAAUGGCUCGACCUCGACGUCAGUCUCGGAAUCUCGGUCGGGGACGAACGGCGUAGCGGCUGGAUCGUUAUCAUCGGCUAGACGCAGCAGCCGACCGUACGGACCUAGCGUACCCGAUCCUUCGUUCCCCGAUCCGUUUGCUAGUCCAUCGAAAUCUCAAGCUCGGGUACAAGCGUCGGGAUCUAGAUCUUCGACUUCGGUCUUGAGAACCCCUGGGAAACCAUCGUCAUCGUCCCAACGAGAAGGACAAGCGGGGUCGUCUGCGGAAGGAUUCCUCUUCGCGCCCAGCCCGUCUAGGUUGAAAUCGCUACUAGAGGCCAACUCGUUAUCUCGCUCGCCUUCCAAAAUGUCGCCCCCUGCUGGACCUUCCGCGGGGCAAGGGAUGGGUAUGGGCAUAACGCCUCGGACGAAAGCUAGGAAACGAUUACGGGGGGAAGAGGUCGAAGAUACGCCUAGACCUAGGGGUAGGGGGUCGAGGGGAUCAAGCGGGGCCAAGGGUUUCUUCGGUUCGGAUGGGCUAGGACGGGGAAUAAGCGAUGAUGAGGAUGACGAUCGGGCUGAGGAUGAGGACGAAGACGAGGUUCUUGGGCCGACACCGAAGAAGGGGGAAUCGGGAAGGAGGGGGAACUUCAAGACCCUCUUUGGGGUGGAUGAGGAAGAAGACUCUGAUCUUGACAACGACGUUGAGCUGGGAUCGGAGGGGAACCAAAAGAAGAAGAAACGAGGGGAGAUGGGAGAUAAGAUCGCGGGUGCGACAGGCGGAAUGGGAAAGAUGUUCAAGAAACGCAAGAUCGAGAUUGGGGAAGGGUCAGCAAGAGCAAAGGACAUGAAGUCAGGCGUUGUGAAUGGAAAUGUCGCCAAAGAUAACGGCAAGGGCAAAGGGAAGGAAUUGCCCACCAACGGGUCGACAGAUAUGGGGCCCCCGAGUACGCCUAAGAAAGACCUGAAGGAGGUCGCUCAGAGCCCUCGGUCGGCUAGCCAGGCAACACCGCUCAAGGGCAAAAAGUUGGCGUACCUCGCUCAGCUCGAUAAGCAAGAUGGUACAGCGGAGGAGACCGACAAUUCGGAAGCAGUACCUGGCCUGGACCUCUCACCUGAGGAUAAAGGCCGAAUACACGUCGAAGAGGAUCUCGUCAGGGAGAUCGAGUACUCGGAUAGUGAUCCAGAGGAUGAGAAUCCUGCGCUCGAUGGGAAUGACAUGGCGCUUGAUGCGGCGCCUCGAAGACGGACGAUGAAGGUCAAGAUAGAGCCGUACAGGUUGGAUCAGCAGCGUCGGGUCGCCGCUGCAGGUGGAACAAUACAGGCGCGGGACCUACGGGGUGGCGGGAGACAGUUCGAGCGGACGAUGUCUAGUUCGAGUACGGGUGGGAAAGGAAAGAUAAAGACGGUCGUACGAAAUCCUGAUGUUCUCGAUGAGGGUGACGUCAUCGAGGAAGUAGCAGAGGAAUCGGACGAAACCGACAGCCUGUCCCGCUUAACCCUUCGCUCGCCCGAAAACGACAUCUUGAGAAAAACGAUGGCAUAUCACGAGCGUAAAGCCAUGGCCAUCUUUUCCACCAAGGCCGCGAAUGAUCUGCGGCUUAGGCGCAAGGGGAUCGAAAUAUUUGCCGCCGGAGAGGGAUUCGAGGGCGAGGAUGACGAUGGUGAGGUAGAAGAUUAUGGUCGAGAUGACGAGGAGAGUGAGGGGGACGACGAUUGGGACAGCGAACCGGAAGGAUGGAAAAAGGUCGGACUGGGAGUCGACGAUGAUUGGUAGCGCGAUGUGGGAUUACAUGCGAAGUAACCUCAAGCGGCAACGCAUGUGCAGUUUAGGCGCAUAUCGUCUGUUUCACCCAUGACUAGUCUAUGUACGAUAUACGAGGUGCCUAAAAGCAUUCCACCGAGAUUUAGGCCAGCUAUCCCAGACGAAUUCGGCCCGGUCCGAACGACCUGAAUUUGCCUGGGUACGGGUAUUACUUCAAACUCAUCGCCGUUGUAUAUUAACUUAGGGCAUGCUUCAUUGCGAAUGAGUGGAUUCCGAUCGA